AUGGAUGAUACCGUCAGAUCGUUAAUUCGUUUUGUAGCUAGAGGUUUCUACACUCAACCGUAUAUCCUUAUACUUGAUGCGUUGCUUCUUCAUUCGGUUCUUUCAGAGGAAGAUUUGAUCCUGCUUUUAGGUAUCCACAGAAAAGAGUUGAGAUCCUACUGCUUCAAGCUCGUGGAGGAUAGAUUGUUGGUGAGUCAUAUGCAACAGGAAGAGAAUGCCCAACAACGUCUCACCCGAAGAACGUAUUACUACAUUCAUGUGACAGAGGCAAUUGAUUCCAUAAAAUGGAAAGUGCAUUCUAUCGUAAGCAUUAUCAAGGACGAAAUGUCCAAGUAUGGUAACCCGCAGGGGUAUGUGUGUCCACGCUGUGGGAAAAAAGUAUCUCAGUUGGAUGCCAUUCUGUUACUCCUGGAUGACAAGACCAACUUUGUAUGUGACAACUGUGGGGGCAUAUUAAUCGAAGAUGAUUCCAGUCAGCAGGCAUCCAUACGUCAGGCAAAAUUGGAGAAACUUAUGGCACAGGUGGACCCUAUAAUUACCUACUUGAAGAAAAUUGAUGACAGUUACAUUGAAGACAACACGUUCGAAUCGUCUUUGGAACGGGCUAUUCCUGCUCAAACCACCACCCAAGCUUCAUAUUCGCUGAAUCCUACCAGAAGGUCGAAUGUCAGGUAUGCUCAACCUUCAAAUUCUUCCAAAUCUCAAGCCACUUUGCAUGUUUCCAUUACUGCAAACGAUGAGAACUACGAAAGAGAACAGCAAGCAAAGGAGGACAGGAGACAAAAGUUGGAGCAGAAUGCCUUACCAUCAUGGCACUCGGAAAGUACCGUUGGUGGGGUAGGAUUGGGUAGAUUGGAUGAUGACAGCAUGAUGCAAGAAGAUAGUACGGAAGGAACACUAGCUGUCAAGUUGGAGGAUGGAGAGGAGGCUGUCAAUUCCGCGACUGAAGUUAAGUUGGAAGGCGGAGAAGUCAAAAUGGAGGAGGACAAGAAUGAUAGCAACAAUGCAGAAGCCACGAAUGAAAACGACGUCAAGUUGGAAUCAGCUACUGAUGUUGCUAGUCCUGAAGUAGCGGGCCCUGUGAAGACAGACAAAGAGAAGGAAGCUCAAGAUGCAUUGACCGCCUACUACGCCCAGUUGGCAGAAAAGGAAGCUGCCGAGGACGAUGAGGACGAUGAAGACGACGAUGAGGACGAUUUCGAUGAUUUCGAUGACUUUGAAGAUGUGUAG